UAUAUAUAGCAACAGGGAUAUUCUGGUAGGGUGUCUGUCAACUAUUAGUUCUGGAUACUGGUGCGGUUUUUGAUCACUAAAAUGUCUGUGACUUUUGGACUCUCUUUGAGUGUUUCUUGGAUUUGUUGCCUGCUAAUUGGAGGGAUAACCGGUUCUUUUACAUUUAAAGAACCAACUGGAUCCCAUGCUCAAACAAGUGUGGUGUCGGGUCCAAAUGCCACAGCAAACGCUACUGGCCACAAUGCCCCAGCAAGUGUGACGUCGGGUCCAAAUGCCGCAACCGGCCACAACUACGGAGCAAAUGCAACCAACAACCAUGCCUCUGCAGGGUCCCGCGCCUCAGCAAAAGCAGCAGGGUCCCGCGCCUCGGCAGAAGCGGCAGGGUCCCGCGCCUCGGCAGAAGCGGCAGGGUCCCGCGCCUCGGCAGAAGCGGCAGGGUCCCGCGCCUCGGCAGAAGCGGCAGGGUCCCGCGCCUCGGCAGAAGCGGCAGGGUCCCGCGCCUCGGCAGAAGCGGCAGGGUCCCGCGCCUCGGCAGAAGCGACAAGCCUUGAACAGACGGCCCAACCCCUCAACAAGCUAGAUGGGGAGCUUCUCACUUGGUUUGCUGAACUCCUCAAUCGUCUGUCCUCUGUCACUUUGCCUCCUUUCGACAAAAAUGUCAAAAGUAACUGAGGUGAGGAAAUGUGCAAACUAAUGUGCUUGUAUGAAAUGAGGAUCUCCUUCACUUGUGUAUCGUCAUGAAUUAUGUUUACAGUGUUGGAUGCUACAAUGGUGUUUUUUAUGAUCAUACAACUAAAAUUGACAUCUGCUUUGGCGUUAUUGCUGACGCCAUUUUAGGUUGUACGGUCUUGCUAUUGUGUUGGCCAGGAAGUUGCUGGUGCUCCUGCUACUCUUACAUGAUUUGAUCAAUAAACAAUUUGACUUUCA